CACAAGAGGCGUUGCUCUUCGGCCGUGGUGCUUCUCUGCAAGCACAAAAAAGAAGAAAUUUCCGCUUCCUGCAACGAAAAAACAACUAGCGCAACUUGAGAAACAUUCGCCGCGACUUUGAAGGUGAACGGCGGGUUGAAGCGCAGCGCGCGUCGCGAUCGGUCUCCCCGAGCCUCGGUCCUCGUGGACGGAUGAUUGUGCUGCCAUAGAGGGUCGGCGCUCCGACAAACAGUCGUUUUAUUCGGGUUUUCCUUCUUUGUGUCCUCCAGCAUGUCGGAUCGGGGAGGGCUCCCGAGGACUGGAGGCGUACCGUCUCCGCAGCCCUCCAAACCGGUGGCGAUCACCUCCAAUCGGCCGGUGCACAUGAACCUGUACGCCACCUGGGAAGUGGACCGAUCGUCUCCGAGCUGCGUGCCGAGACUCUUCAAUCUGACUCUGAAGAAGCUGGUGAUGCUGAAGGAGCUGGAUAAAGACCUGACGUCUGUGGUCAUCGCUGUCAAACUGCAGGGCUCGAAGCGAAUCCUCCGAUCAAACGAGAUCCUGCUGCCAUCGAGCGGCCAAACCGAAACAGACCUGCAGCUCACGUUCUCCUUACAGUAUCCUCACUUCCUGAAACGAGACGCCAACAAGCUGCAGAUCAUGCUGCAGAGGAGGAAGAGGUACAAGAACAGGACCAUCCUGGGCUACAAGACGCUGGCGCUCGGCCUCAUCAACAUGGCCGAGGUGAUGCAGCACCCCAGCGAAGGCGCUCAGGUCCUGAGUCUGCACAGUCAGCUGAAGGAAGUGUCCGUCCCCGUGGCCGAGAUCCGGGUCUAUUCUCUGUCCAGUCAGCCCAUCGACCGCGAGGGACCCAAAGCCAAGAUGAACGAUCGUUCUCCAGACAUUGAUAACUACUCGGAGGAAGAGGAGGAGAGUUACUCGUCUGAGCAGGAGGGCAGCGACGACCCCGUCCACCAUUAUCUAGAUGAUGAAGAGGAUGAGGUGAGGAAGAAGAAACCCAGACGCAAACUCACUUCAAACGCCUCCAUUACCAGACAACCGAACAUCAAGCAGAAGUUUGUGGCUCUGCUGAAGAGGUUUAAGGUGUCUGAUGAGGUGGGUUUCGGGCUGGAGCACGUGUCCCGUGAGCAGAUCCAGGAGGUGGAGGAGGAUCUGGACGAGCUCUAUGACAGUCUGGAGAUGUACAACCCCAGCGACAGCGGGCCGGAGAUGGAGGAGACCGACAGCAUCCUCAGCACUCCCAAACCCAAACUCAGGCCGUUCUUCGAGGGAAUGUCCCAGUCCAGCUCUCAGACGGAGAUCGGCAGCUUGAACAGUAAAGGCAGUCUGAGCCGAGAGCCCUUCAGUCUUGGAGAAUCUGAUAAAGUCAAACCCUCUCGCAGCCGCACGCUGGACGAGCCUCUGUCUGAGACGGACACACUGGAUCUGAAUGAUCAGGAGUUGUUCAGUGAAGUAGGGCCAUCUAUAACAGUGUCUGUGGCUGAAAAACCACGAACACCCCUAAAAACAAGCAAGAGCGAGCUUCAGUCCAUGCCAUCGCCCAGGUUGGACGGAGGACACACACCCCAUAAGCGCUGCACUCCUCUAAAAGAGCGCCAGCUCUCCAAACCGCUGAGUGAACGAGCCAACAGCUCCGACAGCGAGAGAUCGCCUGAGCUCGGACACAGCACACAGGUCCUCAGGAAGGCCGUCUAUGAUCAGUUGAAUCAGAUUCUGUUAUCUGAUGCUGCUCUUCCUGAAAGUCUCAUCCUGAUCAAUGGCACAGACUGGCAAGGACAGUACGUUGCGGAGCAGCUUCAGCUUCAGAAGCAUCCUGUGGUUUGCACGUGUUCUGGAGCAGAGAUUCAGGCCGUUCUCUCGGCUCUGCUCACUCGGAUUCAGAAAUUCUGUAACUGUAACUCGUCGAUGCCGCGGCCGGUGAAGGUGGCGGUGGUCGGAGCUCAGAGUUAUCUGGGAGCAGUGCUGCAGUUCUUCGUCACUCAGCUGGCCAACAAGACGUCUGAUUGGCUCAAUCACCUCCGCUUCCUGGUGGUGCCCCUGGGUUCUCAUCCUGUUGCUAAGCACCUGGGUGCCCUUGACAACCGUUACAGCGCAGCCUUUCUAGACGGAGCCUGGAGAGACACAUUCAACAGAUCAGAGCCACCGCAGACAGAUGCAGUGGACGUGGCGGCGCGUGUGUCUCAGUACAUCAGCGGAGCGGCUCUCACACACCAGCUCCCCGUCGCUGAGGCCAUGCUGACCUGCAAACACAGAACGAGAGAUGAGGACUCCUACCAGAAGUUCAUUCCCUUCAUCGGGGUGGUGAAGGUGGGUUUGAUUGAGCCUGGCCAAUCAGCAGCAGGAGACUCUGAAGAGGGCGUGGCUGUGACUUUAGCCGUCCCCUCCACAUCUCCGCCCUCUCACGCCUCACCCGGCGGGCUGAAGGAGGUGGCCACGCCCCCCUCGUCUCCGUCCAUGGGCGGCGGUCUGGCGGUGCAGGGGAGUCCCAGCAUGCCUCACGGCGGGGACGCCAUCGGGCUGCAGGUGGAUUACUGGCUGGCGUCUCUGGCGGAGAAGCGGCGCGAGGGCGAGAGGAGAGACACCGGCUGUAAGAACACCCUGAAGAGCGCCUUCUGGUCACUGCAGGUCAGCCGUCUGCCAGGAGGAGGAGCCAGCGAGCCGCAGGCGCCACUCAACACGAUGGCCAUGACUGUGGUCACCAAAGAGAAGAACAAGAAAGUUCCCACUAUCUUCCUGGGGAAGAAGCCUAAAGAGCGUGAGAUGGACUCUAAGAGUCAGGUGAUCGAGGGCAUCAGCCGGCUCAUCUGCUCCGCCAAACAGCAGCAGACCAUCCUGAAAGUCACCAUCGACGGAUGCGAGUGGAACGACGUGAAGUUCUUCCAGCUAGCCGCUCAGUGGCCGACUCACGUCAAGUAUCUCCCGGUGGGAUUGUUUGGCUACAGCAAACCGCCCUCCUAGGACCGCCCACUUUCUCAGCUCCGCCCCUUCAACCUGCACCCCAUUGCACACCACUGUCGCCACUUUCACAACCAAUCACAGUUGAGACGGGACUAUCAUGUGACCGUCUCUGGUGGGUGGGCAGGUGGAGUUGAAGAGCUCCACCCGAGACUUCAAUAGACUUUUACCAGCGCUAGUCACUUUUAUUUAUCAGAGGCCCCAGAGCCACAUAUGGGGGCCAAGCACAAAAUUUGAAUACACCACCUGCUUAAAUCACUCUCAACAACCCUUAAUAUGUCCCUUUGUGUAACUGAUAUUCCGAAAUUAGCAGAUUUUUCACCUGUAGUAAGAAGGCGGAGUUAAAUGCCAAUUUGGAGGCGGGGCUACGAGGUGCCCAUCGGCCAAUUGAGGAGUUUUUAGAUCUUUUGCAUAGUUUGUUUUAUCCUUUCAGUUGGCCACAUAUGGAAAUGCGUUGUUGAACUCCAUCCUGCAUGUCUUAAACUACAUUACCCAUAAUGCAC